CCUUGUGAUGUGAUCAAACAGUCUGCUUCCAGGAGGCAAAGCAUGCUGUCAGAGUCACAGUGAUGGAGAGCCUGGUUUUUCAAGCUUUACAGAGUGUCUGAGAGAGUCUGAGAAUCCCUGGUGUGAGCAGUCGCCAUGGUGUACAGUUGGCUGAUGCUUUCCGUCUACAUCUUCACCUUCGUGACGGGGGUCCCCGCCAACAUCCUGGCAUUCUGCACCUUGUGCCGCAAGGUGCGUCGCAAGGCAGUCCCGAUAGACGUCCUCCUCCUCAACCUCACCAUCUCCGACCUCAUCUUCCUGGCUAUCCUGCCGUUUAAGAUGAAGGAGGCCUUCGACAACAAGGUGUGGAUGAUGCCCUACGCCCUGUGUCCCUUCACUGGUUUUAUGUUCUUCGUCACCAUCUACAACAGCACCCUGCUCCUCACAGCUGUGAGUGUGGAGCGCUACCUGGGGGUGGCCUUCCCCCUCAGGUAUUCUGUGUGUCGCAGACCUCGCUACGCCGUGUUUGCCUGCAUCAUGUUCUGGGUGGUGACCUCUCUGAACCUCAGCAUCGUCUACAUCAUUCAGGACGCCCAGAGGAGCAACGGCAGCAACACCACCUGCUACCGGUAUUUCGAAAAGGACGAGCUCGAGAUCCUGCUGCCAGUCCGCCUGGAGCUCUUCUGCGUUCUCUUCUGCGUCCCCUUCUUCAUCUGUUGCUUCUGCUACGUCAACUUCAUCCACAUCCUGUCCCGUCUUCCAAACAUCGGCAGGCGCCGGAGGCUGCGUGCCAUUGGUCUGGCGCUUGGCACGCUGAUAGUCUUUGCCGUCUGUUUCGGGCCUUACAACGCCUCCCACGUGGUGGGGUAUAUUUUUAAGGUGAGUGAGAGUUGGAGGGACGGGGCGUUGCUCUGCAGCACCUUCAACGCCUGCCUGGAUCCAUUUAUCUUCUACUUCUCCUCAGCCGCUGUCAGAAGCAUGUUAAAUCACUGCUUCAGGAACAUCAUGGCAAAGCUGCACAUCCUGAGGUGUGGAGGCGCUCCUCACCCUCCUAACCAGAGACCCUCCAAGACUGAAAAAUACAAGGAAGCCCCUCUUCCUUGAAAGUUCUGGAGAAAUGAUUAUUAACAUGUGUUUUUGAUAGUAUGUUUGUUAAUUUCAUGCAAAAAAAUAUGGACAAAAUGAAUGGUUGGGAAUUGUUAUUCCACUCUAACCAAUGAAAGGGGCUUUGGGCAAAUUUUAGACGAACCAGUCCCUGUU